GACGGCAAGGCCCGCACUUCCGGCGGCGCGAGGGGCGCCCAGCAAGCUAGCGAGCCAGGGUGGCGGCGGGCGGCCCGCUGCGCGAAAAUUGAGCUACGUAGCUCUAGGAAGUGAAACUUCAGCUCAGAAGAAGAGAGCAGACUCUUAAGAAUAUAUUUGGCUCAUCACCAUGCGGUUAGGAAAACCAAAGGGAAGUAUUUCUCGGAGCUCGAGCCAAGGAAAAGCCUAUGAAAACUCACGCAAAACAGGCCGGCUGCGGCAAAGAUGGGGAAUGACCGUUCGAUUUGACUCAAGCUUGAGUAGACUGAGAAGAAGCCUGGAUGAGAAACCUUAUAAAUGUACUGAAUGUGAAAAGAGUUUCAGUCAGAGCUCAACUCUUUUUCAACACCAAAAGAUUCACACUGGAAAGAAAUCCCAUAAAUGUGCCGAUUGUGGGAAAAGUUUCUUUCAGAGCUCUAACCUCAUUCAGCAUCGGCGGAUCCAUACCGGGGAAAAACCCUAUAAAUGUGAUGAGUGUGGAGAAAGGUUUAAACAGAGCUCAAAUCUCAUUCAGCACCAGAGAAUUCAUACUGGAGAAAAACCCUAUCAGUGUGAUGAGUGUGGCCGAUGUUUCAGCCAGAGUUCCCACCUUAUUCAGCAUCAGAGAACCCACACAGGGGAGAAGCCCUACCAGUGCAGUGAAUGUGGCAAAUGCUUCAGCCAGAGCUCUCAUCUUAGGCAGCACACGAAGGUGCACAAAGAAGAGAAACCUCGUAAAACCCGGGGCAAAAAUAUUAGAUCAAAAACUCACUUAGUGUCAUCCUGGAAAGCUGGCACAGGUAGGAAGUCAGUGGCUGGUCUCCGCUAAGGAAAGGGUGCUGCUUCAGCCUUUAAAAAUAAAUAAAUAAAUAAAAGCUCUCUCUUUUAGAACUGGAGAUAUUUUGUAAUAGAGCUCUUAAAUACUGUAUCCUUUCCUAGCAUGGAGACAUUGUAAUGACAUUGGGCUGAAAGAAACUACGAGUCCAACUGUUCUCAUCUUUUUUUUUUCUUUUUUUUAAUGUAACUUGGAGUACAAAAAACUGAAAUUAUGUUUUAAGAGAAUAUAAGAUCUUUGACCUCAUGUGAUAUUGCUUCCUGCAUCAUUUUGACAAAAACAACCAUGUUUUGAUGACACAUGUAAAAGUAUAGGUAUUCUGAUGACUCCUCAGCUUUAGGACUUUCUGUGGAAGGAGUAGUUAAAAGGGAGAAGAAGUUAAUCCCAUUAGGUCGGGGUUCUGCAACCGAUGAGGAGAUUUUAUGUUUGUAAAGUUUUGUAGUAUAUUAACCACUGGUUUGUAAGUAUGACUCAAGACUCAACAUAUUAACAUGUAUUCAUGUUCACAGAUUUUUAAUCAACAAAGCCCAUCCCUCUGUUGGCUUUUUGUUUUUGUUUCGUUUUGUUGCCCCUUCUGCUAAUGGACAGUUAUUAAUUAAAGGAAUUGAAUUUCCCUCUUUUCCACUAAAUUCUUAGAGAUAUUCUAGAAGCCAAAAUGAGAAUUGAAUUAGACUGCAAGUCUACUCUUAGAAGCACGGUUCUUUGAAGUGGUGUUAGACUGUCUCUUGUUUUCCAGAAGUUGGGGUGGACUUACGUUGAUCCAUCCCCAUGCCUUUGUCUUUUGACAUUCUCUUAUGCUCUGACAAACUGAGCUAGCCUUUUAGAUCUACAUGAAUAAAUAAUUAAACCAUAUACCAACACACCUCAACUUGUUAAUUAGAAAUCUACAAUUUACACUUCCCUGCUUUCCCCCUUUGAGAGUUUUAGGUAACACUGGUUAUCUUAAACAAAUGUUUAAGCUGGUAGCGAAAGUCAUUUAAUUCAACUGUUGGUGCAUUUGUAGCUCCAUGUGUAGAUUUUGAAAUGUAAGCUAACUUUCUCUGAGUUAAUAGGAAUUAUUUUUGGAGUCUAGCAUACAUGUUUCUUCACUUUCAUCAGAACAGUGCCAAGUGUCAGACUUUCUUAUCAGCCUUCAGCUCAGGUUUUAAUUUCUAUUGAAUGCUAACAUUCUGAUUUUUUUUUUUGUAUCUUUUAUAAUCAUACCAGUUCCUGCUGUAUUAAUGACAGUUAUCCAUAAAAAUAAAACAAAAUGGAAUAUUUUGCAUACUA